GGGGCAGCGGGGCCCGCGGUCGCGGGUGCGCGGGCGAGCUGCGCCCGCUGCGCUCCCCCGGCUCUCCGAGCGCUGGGCACGGGCCGGGCUGCGGUCCCCGCGCGCGCAGCAGCCGUCGCCGCCUCUUCUCGAGCGGGCUCGGCCCGGCGCGGCUGGCGGCCGGGGCGAUGUGAGCCGGGGCCCGCGGGCGCGGCCGGACCGCCGCGAUGUGGCUCAAGCCCGAGGAGGUGCUGCUGAAGAACGCCCUGAAGCUCUGGGUGACCCAGAAGAGCAGCUGCUACUUCAUCCUGCAGCGGCGCCGCGGGCACGGCGAGGGGGGCGGCCGCCUCACCGGUCGCCUGGUCGGUGCUCUGGAUGCAGUGUUGGACUCCAACGCCAGGGUCGCUCCAUUUCGGAUUCUGCUUCAAGUUCCUGGGUCCCAGGUUUAUUCUCCCAUAGCAUGUGGUGAGUUACUGAAUGGAUCAGACGUUUACUGGGCCAUAGCCACUGGUGCAACUUUAGAAGAAAUAAACCAGCACUGGGAUUGGCUGGAACAAAAUCUCCUCCAUACCUUGUCUGUCUUUGAUAAUAAAGAUGACAUUGCCAGUUUUGUCAAAGGGAAGGUAAAGGCUCUGAUUGCCGAGGAGGCAAGCAGCAGGCUCGCCGAGCAGGAAGAGGAGCCCGAGAAAUUCCGAGAAGCCCUGGUGAAGUUCGAGGCCAGGUUCAACUUCCCCGAGGCAGAGAAGCUGGUUACCUACUACUCCUGCUGCUGUUGGAAGGGCAGGGUGCCCCGCCAGGGCUGGCUGUACCUCAGCAUCAACCACCUCUGCUUCUACUCCUUCUUCCUGGGCAAGGAACUUAAACUUGUAGUCCCUUGGGUUGAUAUCCAGAAAUUAGAAAGGACGUCCAAUGUCUUUCUGACGGAUACCAUCCGCAUCACCACGCAGAAUAAGGAGCGGGACUUCUCCAUGUUUCUGAACCUGGACGAGGUGUUUAAGAUCAUGGAGCAGUUGGCCGACGUGACGCUCCGACGGCUGCUGGACAAUGAGGUCUUUGACCUGGACCCCGCUCUGCAGGAGCCAAGCCAGAUCACCAAGAGGGACCUUGAAGCCAGAGCGCAGAAUGAGUUCUUCCGGGCUUUCUUCAGGUUGCCGAGGCAGGAGCAGCUGCACGCGGUGGUGGACUGCUCCCUCUGGACGCCGUUCAGCCGCUGCCACACCGCGGGGCGGAUGUUCUCCUCCGACAGCUACAUCUGCUUCGCCAGCAGAGAGGACGGCUGCUGUAAGGUCGUCCUGCCGCUCAGAGAGGUGGUGAGCAUUGAGCAGAUGGAGGACACGAGCCUGCUGCCUCACCCCAUCAUCGUCAGCAUCAGGAGCAAGAUGGCCUUCCAGUUCAUCGAGCUCAAGGACAGAGACCGCCUGGUGGAGGGUCUGCUCGCGAGGCUGAAGCAGGUCCACGCCAACCACCCCGUGCACUAUGACACCUCCACAAAUGACGACGUGACUUCACCUGUGUUUUAUUCAGCAAGCAUAUGCAGUGACCACAGGUUUGGGGAUCUUGAAAUGGUGUCGUCUCAAAACAGUGAGGAGAGUGGGAACGAGAAGAGCCCGCUGCUGCACCCCGAUGCCCUGGUCACCGUCUUCCAGCAGUCGGGUGGCCAGAGUCCUGACUCCCGAAUGUCCAGAGAGCAGAUAAAAGUCAGUCUGUGGAACGACCACUUUGCGGAGUACGGCAGGACCGUGUGCAUGUUUCGCACAGAGAAGAUUCGGAAGCUCGUAGCCAUGGGGAUCCCUGAAUCUUUACGUGGAAGACUUUGGCUCCUUUUCUCAGAUGCCGUGACGGAUCUCGCCGCGCACCCUGGCUACUACGGGAAUCUGGUGGAGGAGUCCCUGGGGAAAUGCUGCCUGGUGACCGAGGAGAUAGAACGAGACCUGCACCGCUCCCUGCCUGAGCACCCCGCCUUCCAGAACGAAACGGGGAUCGCUGCCUUGAGGAGGGUCCUGACAGCCUAUGCCCACCGGAACCCCAAGAUCGGAUACUGCCAGUCCAUGAACAUCCUGACCUCCGUGUUGCUGCUGUACGCCAAGGAGGAGGAAGCCUUUUGGUUGCUGGUCGCCGUGUGUGAGCGGAUGUUGCCCGAUUACUUCAACCACCGGGUGAUUGGGGCGCAGGUGGACCAGUCUGUCUUCGAGGAGCUCAUCAAGGACCACCUCCCGGAGCUGGCGGAGCACAUGAACGACCUCUCAGCCCUGGCGUCCAUCUCUCUCUCGUGGUUUCUGACUCUGUUCCUCAGCAUCAUGCCUCUGGAGAGCGCGGUGAAUGUCGUAGAUUGUUUCUUCUACGAUGGGAUCAAAGCCAUCUUCCAGCUGGGGCUGGCUGUGCUGGAGGCCAACGCCGAGGAGCUGUGUGGCAGCAAGGACGAUGGCCAGGCCUUGAUGGUCCUCAGCAGGUUUCUAGAUCACAUCAAGAAUGAGGAUAGCCCGGGGCCACCAAUUGGCAGCCACCAUGCAUUUUUCUCCGACGACCAGGAGCCCUACCCUGUGACAGACAUUGCUGACCUGAUCCGGGACUCCUACGAGAAAUUUGGAGACCAGUCUGUGGAACAGAUCGAGCACCUGCGGUAUAAGCACAGGAUCAGGGUCCUGCAAGGCCACGAGGACACCACAAAGCAGAACGUGCUCCGAGUUGUUAUCCCGGAUGUGUCAAUUCUUCCUGAGGACCUAGAGGAACUCUAUGACUUAUUCAAGAGAGAGCACAUGAUGAGCUGUUACUGGGAGCAGCCCUGGCCUGUGGCCCCGCGCCACGACCCCAGCAGGCCGUACGCCGAGCAGUACCGCAUAGACGCCCGGCAGUUUGCACACCUGUUUCAGCUGGUCUCACCCUGGACCUGCGGGGCCCACACGGGGAUCCUCGCGGAAAGGACUUUCCGGCUCCUGGAUGACAACAUGGACCAGCUCAUCGAAUUCAGAGCGUUCGUCGGCUGCCUGGAUGUUAUGUACAAUGGAGAAAUGAAUGAGAAAAUCAAACUGUUAUACAGGCUUCAUAUCCCUCCAGCACUCACUGAAAAUGACUGCGACAGCCAGUCACCGUUAAAGAAUCCUCUGUUGUCUACAUCAAGACCCCUGGUUUUCGGGAAGCCCAAUGGCGAUGCAGUUGAUUAUCAGAAACAGCUGAAGCAGAUGAUUAAAGAUUUAGCCAAAGAAAAAGACAAAACUGAGAAAGAGUUGCCCAAAAUGAGCCAGAGAGAAUUUAUCCAGUUCUGUAAAACUUUGUACAGCAUGUUCCACGAAGACCCAGAAGAAAACGAUUUGUAUCAAGCCAUCGCCACGGUCACCACCCUGCUGCUGCAGAUCGGGGAGGUGGGGCAGCGGAGCAGCAGCUCCGGGAGCUGCUCCCAGGAGUGCGGGGAAGAGCUGCAGGCUUCAGCGCCUUCUCCAGAGCAGGACUCAGUCUUUGUGGACACUGGGAAGAGUCCUCAGGACUCCCAGGCAUUUCCUGAGGAGGCAGGAGGGGACUGGACUGUUUCCCUAGAACACAUCUUAGCAUCACUUCUGACUGAACAAUCAUUAGUAAACUUUUUUGAAAAGCCACUAGACAUGAAAUCCAAACUUGAAAAUGCCAAGAUCAAUCAGUACAAUCUCAAAACCUCUGAAAUGAGCCGGCAACCACAGCCUGAAAUGAAGCUGAGUGAGUAACUUGUAGCAAGACAGUAGUUGCUAGGUAACACUGGAGUCUGCCAUACCAAAGCACGACCAGGCUGUUUCUUGGGUUGUCAGCCCAUAAACCCAGAUUUCAGUCUACUUUGAGUACACUUUACAAACCGGGUAUCUGGAUAAGCAACCUGACAAACUGUAGCUGAGGGAAUCGACACAACCCUCAUGCAUUUUUAUUUAUUAAGAGAAUUGCCAGUUGGACAAUGCCAGUGCUGUAGGGUAUCCAUCGGUUCCCUUGAUGCUGUGACUUGCAUUUUUUCUUUUUUAAAUCAGAUUUGCUGAAAUGGGCACUUGCACUGUGAUGUCAGCCAGUAUAAUUUUACUCUCAGAUGGAACACAAGUCAUGUGUCUUAUAACCAAGAGACAGGAUAAGCCCCAAGCCCUCAUUUUUCACUGGGAAGGACAAUGGGAGGUCAAGAAUCAAGCUCACUUUCAAGAUCUAUAGUCCACUAUCUGUGCAAUUGUAUUUGGCUUUUUUUUUUUGCACUAAUUUUUUGUUUCAAUGCUGGUAAUUGAAACCAUUUUAAUAUAUUUGGUUGUAUCCACUUUGUAUGUCCUUCAAAAAUGUUGUGUACAAACCAUGCUUCUAAUGUUGGCCUCAAGUUUUUUAAUAAAAAAUUUUUGUAUUUA